UCACCCCAUCACCUGUCAAUCAAAUCAGACAACCGGCCUGUCGGUCAAACCGCCCAAUGUCCUGUCAGAUCCCCCCCCCAACUGGGCAGCUGUAUGACCCGUCAGUCAAGCCAUCAAACAAGCGACAACCCGUCGGUCAGACCGCCAGACCCAUAAUCGACCCGUCGGUCGGACCCCUUCCCUUCCCUACCACCAGGCUACCCGUCAGAUUACCUGUCGGUCAGACCCCCAGACGACCCCCGCCCCUCAGGUCGCCAAACCACCGACCUGUCAGUCAACCUAGACCCCCAAACAGACGAGCAGGCGGGCGAUUAACCCAUCGGUCGGGUCACCUGUCACUCAACCGGGCCGCCCAUCAGUCAGAACACCGGAGAGAUCGUCGAGCUGUCAGUCCGACUGCCGGGCAACCCACCAACCGACCAGACGGUGACAUCGCCGGAGGGACGGUCCGCCCGUCAGUCCAAUUACUGGAAGAACCAUCCCCCCCACCCCCUGUCAGGCAGACCACCGGACAAUCGACCUGUCAUUCAAACCACCGGCCAAAUCGUCAAACCGUCAGCCAGACCGCCGAGCAACCUGUCAGAGGCAGCGGAGGCCAAUGGGUCGUGUUAAUGACGACGGCAUCGUCGUGCUCGGCCUCAACCGGCCCCAAGCCAAGAACGCCCUCAGCUGGAACCUCAUCAAGCAGCUGUCGCAGUCGCUGGAGGCCCUGAAGUCGGACAAGAAGGUGCGGACGGUCAUCGUGCGCAGCGAAGUCCCCGGAGUCUUCUGCGCCGGAGCCGACCUGAAGGAGCGAGCCAAGAUGGAGGCCGGACAGGUGGGAGCCUUCGUCUCCAAGGUCCGCGGGGUCAUCAACGAGUUGGCGCAGCUCCCGGUGCCGACGAUCGCGGCCCUGGACGGGCUGGCCCUGGGCGGGGGGCUGGAGCUGGCCCUGGCCUGUGACAUCCGCGUGGCAGCGUCCUCUGCGAAGAUGGGCCUAGUGGAGACCAAACUGGCCAUCAUCCCCGGAGCAGGAGGGACGCAGCGCCUGCCGCGGACGGUGGGCCCGGCGCUGGCCAAGGAGCUCAUCUUCUCCGGCCGCCUGCUGGACGGCGACGAGGCGCGGGCCGCCGGCCUGGUCACCCACAGCCCCCCGCAGAACCCGCGCGGAGACGCCGCCUUCCUGCGCGCCCUACGCCUCGCCCGCGACUUCCUCCCGCAGGGUCCGGUGGCCGUGAGGGCGGCUAAGCUGGCCAUCGACCAAGGGAUGGAGGUCGACCUGGCGACCGGACUGGCCAUAGAAGAGGCCUGCUACGCUCAGACCGUCCCCACCAAGGACCGACUGGAGGGGCUCCAGGCCUUCCGCGAGAAGCGCACGCCGCGCUACAAAGGCGAGUAGCUGCGGGAGCCCGGGACCCCCGCCCUCCCCGUCCGCCCCGUCCG